AUGCUGCCACCCCCCAACGUUACGGGCACGCUUCAUUUGGGUCAUGCUUUGACAAUUGCUGUGCAGGAUGCCCUUGCCCGCUGGCAUCGCAUGCUCGGCCACGAAGUGCUUUGGCUCCCAGGUGCUGACCAUGCUGGCAUUGCUACCCAGACUGUCGUUGAAAAGCACCUUUGGAAAACUCAAGAGACCACCCGCCACCAGCUUGGGCGUGACGCUUUUAUCCAAGAGGUCUUCAAGUGGAGAGAUGAAAAGGCUGGCCGGAUAUUUCACCAGAUGCGCAUGCUCGGUGCAUCGCUCGAUUGGUCUCGAGAAGUGUUUACCAUGGACCAACGUUUCACCAAGGCCGUGCGCUCCGCUUUUAUUCGCUUGCACCGCCAAGGUCUUAUUUAUCGAGCGCACCGCAUUGUCAAUUGGUCUCCUGCACUGCAAUCAGCCAUCUCUGAUAUCGAGGUAGACAUGCACAGCGUAACUGGACCUGCACGAUUAAACGUUCCUCGACAAGAUCGCCAGGGUCGCCCGCUUUCCGUCGACGUGGGUCGCAUGUAUGCCAUUCGAAUGGACCUUUGUGAUGGAUCGGGCGCCGUGACUGUCCAAACCACACGCCCGGAAACAUUGCCAGGCGAUGUAGCCGUGGCCGUAAAUCCAGAUGACACCCGCUACCGUCAUUUGAUUGGCCGCCGCAUUCAACAUCCCGUGUCUGGCGCCGAGCUCCCAAUCGUCGGUGACGCCAGCGUGGAUGCCGACUUUGGAUCGGGCGUUGUCAAGAUCACUCCCGCCCACGACGAGUUUGACUUUGAGCUGGCCCAGCGACAUCAGUUGCCUGCACCUCGUGUCAUUGACUGGAACGGCACCAUGCGAUCUGGCGUGCCGAUCGAUUUGCAAGGCAUGGAUCGUCUCGAGGCUCGUGCCGCCAUUGUACAGCAGCUCACGGAUUCGGGCCACCUGGAGAACGUGUUUGACCAUGCCAUGGCGGUGCCCAUCUGCUCGCGCAGUGGCGAUGUCGUCGAGCCCAUGCUCUGCCCACAAUGGUACAUGGACUGCUCUGAUCUGGCACAGCGCGCGCUGGAACGAGUGGAGAAUGGGCACUUGAGCAUUGAACCGGCUCUUCACGCCAAAGAAUGGCAACGGUGGCUUGGUGAAAUUAAGCCAUGGUGCCUGUCGAGGCAACUCUGGUGGGGGCAUCAGAUUCCGGCCUUUGGCUUCACCGCACCUUGCGGAAAGCAGGAAUAUGUUGUUGCCGAUGAUGAGGGCACAGCUCGCGAUGAGGUGCUGCAACAAUAUGGCGCUGAUUUUGCAGCUUCCGUCACGCUCACGCCAGAGGAAGACGUCCUAGACACGUGGUUUUCGUCGGGCCUCUACCCCUUUGCCGCCCUUGGCUGGCCCGAGUCUACACCAGACUUUGCCAAGUUCUUCCCAAACACUCUCCUGGAAACGGGCUCCGACAUUCUUUUUUUCUGGGUAGCUCGCAUGGUCAUGCUCUCCCUCGCUCUCACGGACCAAGUGCCUUUUCGCCAAGUACUCCUGCACCCGCUGGUGCGCGAUGGCCAGGGCCGCAAGAUGAGCAAGUCGGUCGGCAACGUCAUUGAUCCCUUGGAUGUCAUACAUGGCAAGCCGUUGAAUGACAUGCUGGCCGAGAAUCCAGAGAAUCUGGACAAAGCUGCUUUAGCUGCCCGUGAAAAGCACAUGCGCCGCAAUUUUCCCAAGGGCAUCCCAGAGUGUGGUGCAGAUGCCCUUCGCCUGACACUCCUCAACCAGCUAAAUCGUGGACCGCGGCCAAAAUAA